GCGAAAUCCACCAGAACAGCGGCAGGAAGAGCUGGAGCGGAGCUGAGGCUUGCUGAGCGGGGCCUGGAGGAGAAGCGCGGAGCAGCCGCGAGAUGGAGAAAUCAAUUAUUCUACUGCUCUGGAUACAAUAUGUUUUUAAGAUCUCAAAAAGUUUCCAUUUUAUACCAAAGAAUAAACAAACAACAACAAUUUUUGUUGAAUGGGAUGAAUUUCCUAAGGGAGGAAAUCCUGAAUUUUAUUUUUUAAAAUACCAACUUGUUAAUAAUUUUGCUCAAAAAAAUGUGAAAAGGAUUCCCGCAGACCCACAAAGGCUUCCAAAAUCAAUAAUAACACUAGAAGAAAGUGAAGACUGUCACAUCAGUAUCCAGUCCAUAAAAUAUGGACAAAUUUUAAGUGAAAAGUCAUUUCAAACCCGUGGAAUAUCAACUAGAAAUAUUAAAACAAUAGCAACAAGUACGAGUGUUUCUUUUAACUGGAGUGUUCUAUCUUCCAAUGACACUUUAGUGUCAAUAUCACUUAAUAAUUCUUCACAAAUUAUGCAAAAUAAUGUCAUGUUUUAUGAGUGGGAUGAUUUGAAACCUGCCACCUUAUAUGUUUUUACAUUUGAAUUUAAACAAUUGCAUUUGGAUUUUAUAAAUAUAUUUCAGAGACUGGAUGUUCAAAUUGAAACAGGUUCAUGUUCGCAAGGAUGGGUAGCAUUAAAAAAUAACUGUUAUAGAAUUAGCAAAGAUAAUAAGCCAUGGAAUAUAGCCCAGCAACAUUGUAAGUUAUCUUUAAUUUCUGCACACCUUGUGGAUAUAAAAAAUGAAGAGGAAAAAAAAUUUAUGUUUUCACAUCUCAGGUCAAAGAAUCAAAUAAUAAUAUGGACUGGUCUUAACGAUUUGAAGGUCAGUAGAUAUAAAGAAAUAUAUUAUACAGAAGAACAACAUUUUGAAAGCGUGCCCCCAAAUACUACAGAAAAAGCAAUUACCCAACUGUCUCCUGGCCGUGUUUACAGAUUUUUAUUCUCUGCAAUAAGUGAAUGGGAGGCAAAGACUACUUUAAGUCCAGUAUUCAUUGUUGAAACAUGUCCGUUAUCAGCCCAAAAUGUCACAGUUACUCAUGUGACCCCAACAGAAAUAUUUUUACACUGGGAUGGUCCAGAUCCUGUAUCUUUUCACCAUUAUUUUGUGGCUAUUUUGGAUGUUGUAAACAAUAAAUCAGAAGAGGUGUUUGUUGAAAAAUCCAACACAUCAACAACAAUUGGAAAUCUAAGAUCUUUCCAUCAUUAUCUGAUCUAUCUAUUCAGUGUGGCAGAAAGAGGAACUUUAAGCUGCUUUGAGAAACCUGUUUCAGCCAUUACAGGUAUUAAUCCACCUCAGGAAGUUUAUGCUAAACUUGAAGAUGUGGGAGAAGACAGUAUAAUUCUUCAGUGGGGAUCCCCACCAGACGGCCACGAGGUCUACAUUCAAAUCACAUCCAUAUCAGAUAGAAGAGAAGUCAGGAAGCUUUUUGUAAAGGAUGCUAAUAGAGUCAAGGUUGAUCACUUAAUCCCUGGAAUGACAUAUGACAUUGGAAUGGCAACAGUAAUGAAUGGGAACUUGAGCGAGCUGGUCACUAUUCAACAAACUCUAAAGCCGAAACCAGUUCAAAUUGUUAUCCCUUAUGAAAGUCAUAGUACCUCUGUAAUCUUAUAUGUUCAGAUGCCUGAUAUUGGAGUGUUUGAUGGCAUACAUAUUGCAAGUGACAGAGGGCCAAAUGUAACCAGGUUUUUGAAACAGGACAAUAAAAUAACUGUUGACAAUUUAACCCCAGGCACAGAAUAUAAUUUCUUUGUUUCUACGAUCAGUGGGACUAAAUUAAGUAAUAUGUAUUAUGUGCCAGCAGUAAAAACAUGUCUGGAAGCACCAUCAAAUAUCCAUGAGGGCAAAGUUACAAACUCUUCCAUUGAAAUUCUCUGGAAUCGAGCUGAUGGGAAUUUUCAGCAUUAUGAAAUCACAUGCAUAAACUGUGCUGCUGCUUUCAUGGUCCAGAAAGUAUUUCAAGAAGCAGCAACAUUCUCUAACCUGGAUCCUGCCACAGUGUACACCUUUUCAAUUCGCACUGAAAAAGAAGGUUUUAAAGACAGUUCUCCCUACAUAAAAGAAAUACAGACAGCCCCAAGUGCGGUUGAAUUUCUGAAUCACAGUAGGAAUUCAAAUGCAGUAACCGUUAGCUGGCCUUCAGCUAGAAGUCUUCUGGAUGGAUACAUUAUUUCAAUAUCCAGUGAAAGCUUAAUGAAAGAAGAAAUCCUGCCUUCCACAAAAAGGUAUGAAAAUAUUGAAAAGAAAUUAUAUCAAGUUACAUGGAACACAAGAUGA